UUGCCAGCCCUUCCCCCGGCCCCGUUUCCUCAUUUGCGUGGCCAGCGACGUCUGCGAUCCCACGCUGCAGCAAGGGGAAAUGAUUACCAUGUGGAGAGGCGACGCAGAGGCACGUUCAUGGCCCCGGAUCCCCCCAAGGCGCUUCCUAGAAAAGAGGGGGUGACUCAGCCAGGGUCCCCUGCCUCCGCAGGCCCCUUCCUUCGGCGGCUCUGGCAGCACCGGAGAACCCGGAGGCUCCCGCAAAGGGCUUCAGGAACCCGGAGGCUCCUGCAAAGGGCGUGCGGGGGUGGCCAGGGCCAGACCCCCACCCGUGGCACAGCACCCAUCCCGGCCGCGGUGACCUGACGGGCCCCGUCUCCCUGGCAGGAGGUGAGCCAUGGCGGUGUGGAUCCAGGCGCAGCAGCUCCAAGGCGAAGCCCUGCGGCAGAUGCAGGCGCUCUACGGGCAGCACUUUCCCAUCGAGGUGCGGCACUACCUGUCGCAGUGGAUCGAGAGCCAGGCAUGGGACUCCAUCGACCUCGACAACCCCCAGGAGAACGUGAAGGCGACUCAGCUGCUGGAAGGGCUUUUCCAGGAGCUGCAGAAGAAGGCGGACCACCACACCCAGGGGGAUGGGGAGGGUCCCCCUUGCCAUGCUGAGUGCUCCUUGUGCCCCGUGCAGAGCCCCUCGCCAGCCGGCUCCCUGGUGGACGCCAUGUCCCAGAAGCACCUGCAGAUCAACCAGACCUUCGAGGAGCUGCGGCUCAUCACGCAGGACUCUGAGAAUGAGCUCAAGAAGUUGCAGCAGACGCAGGAGUACUUCAUCAUCCAGUACCAGGAGAACAUGCGCCUCCAAGCCCAGUUCUCCCAGCUCUCCCAGCUGGGCCCCCAGGAGCGCCUGUCGCGGGAGACAACGCUGCAGCAGAAGAAGGCAUCGCUGGAGGCCUGGCUGCACCGGGAGGCCCAGACACUACAGCAGUACCGCGUGGACCUGGCUGAGAAGCACCAGAAGACGCUGCAGCUGCUGCGCAAGCAGCAAACGACCAUCCUGGAUGAUGAGCUGAUCCAGUGGAAGCGUCGGCAGCAGCUGGCAGGGAAUGGGGGCCCCCCUGAGGGCACCCUGGAUGUGCUGCAGACCUGGUGUGAGAAGCUGGCGGAGAUCAUCUGGCAAAACCGGCAGCAGAUCCGCCGGGCUGAGCACUUGUGCCAGCAGCUGCCAAUCCCGGGCCCGGUGGAGGAGAUGCUGUCCGAGCUGAACAGCACCAUCACCGACAUCAUCUCUGCCCUGGUGACCAGCACUUUCAUCAUCGAGAAGCAGCCCCCCCAGGUGUUGAAGACACAGACCAAGUUCGCGGCCACUGUGCGGCUCCUGGUGGGGGGGAAGCUGAACGUGCACAUGAACCCCCCCCAGGUGAAGGCCACCAUCAUCAGCGAGCAGCAAGCCAAGGCCCUGCUGAAGAACGAGAGCACCCGCAAUGAGAGCAGCGGGGAGAUCCUGAACAACUGCUGCGUGAUGGAGUAUCACCAGGCCACGGGGACGCUCAGCGCCCACUUCCGCAACAUGUCCCUGAAGCGAAUCAAGCGCUCAGACCGCCGUGGGGCAGAGUCGGUGACGGAGGAGAAGUUUACCAUCCUCUUCGAGUCACAGUUCAGUGUUGGUGGCAAUGAGCUGGUCUUCCAGGUGAAGACGCUGUCCCUGCCCGUGGUGGUGAUCGUGCAUGGGAGCCAGGACAACAACGCCACGGCCACUGUUCUCUGGGACAACGCCUUUGCUGAGCCCGGCCGCGUGCCCUUUGCCGUGCCCGACAAGGUGCAGUGGCCGCAGCUCUGCGAGGCGCUCAACAUGAAGUUCAAGGCAGAGGUGCAGAGCAGCCGCGGGCUGACCAAGGAGAACUUGGUGUUCCUGGCGCAGAAGCUCUUCAACAGCACCAGCUCCCACCUGGAGGACUACAGCAGCACCACGGUGUCCUGGUCCCAGUUCAACCGGGAAAACCUGCCCGGGAGGAAUUACACCUUCUGGCAGUGGUUUGACGGGGUCAUGGAGGUGCUGAAGAAGCAUCUGAAGCCGCACUGGAAUGAUGGGGCCAUCCUGGGCUUCGUCAACAAGCAGCAGGCUCACGACCUGCUCAUCAACAAGCCCGACGGGACCUUCCUGCUGCGCUUCAGCGACUCGGAGAUCGGCGGCAUCACCAUCGCGUGGAAGUUUGACUCCUCUGAGAGGAUGUUCUGGAACCUGAUGCCUUUCACUACCAGGGAUUUCUCCAUCCGCUCCCUGGCCGACCGCCUCGGGGACCUCAGUUACCUCAUCUAUGUGUUCCCGGAUCGGCCCAAGGACGAGGUCUUCUCCAAGUACUACACGCCGGUUCUCUGUGAGUCCACGCCAGCUAAAGCCGUGGAUGGAUACGUGAAGCCACAGAUCAAGCAAGUGGUGCCAGAGUUUGUCAGUGCAUCAGGCGACUCUGGCCCUGGAGGGGCCACCUACAUGGACCAGGCUCCCUCGCCCGCCGUCUGCUCCCAGCCUCAUUACAACAUGUAUACCCAGAACCCCGACACCGUGCUGGACCCCGAGGGUGACUUCGACCUGGACGACACCAUGGACGUGGCGAGGCAUGUGGAGGAGCGGCUGCUGGCGUCCGGCUCUUUGGUGUUUAUGCCCUUGUAUAAAUGGCAGCGGAUUUGUCGCAUCGUUUUCCUGUAUGUUCCUUUUAAGAGGCCCAGCUUCGGCUUUCCGCUUCUGCAAGCACCGGCCCCGGAGCCACCCUGCUCCCUGCCGAGGGGCUGCUAG